CUCUACUUCCAGAUUGUCCUGCUAGCCAUCGCCUCAGCCGUCUGCGCCGAAGAGAUGGCCUCCGAAUCGAUGAAGACCAAACGUGGCCUAAGCCUGAGCCUGGGCUACCACGCACCGGCCGUCGUGUCGCACUCGUACGUAGCACCGGCUCCGCUCGUAGCCCACUCGGCACCGCUGUUGGCCGCGGCUCCCGUAUACCACGCACCCAUCGCCAAGGCCUACGUUGCACACGCACCGGUCGUGCAUCACAGCUACCACGCCUACCACGCACCGGCUCUCGCCGUGGCUCACGCUCCCGUUGCAUACGCUCAUGCUCCUUUCUACCAUGCCUACCACCGUCGCUAG